AUGGGACUGAAAAUAGCUUUAGGAUGGAAUCGUCGGAACAUGGAGUUAAUCGGUGUCUGGCCGGAACCGACUAGAACCGACGAAAGAUUGCCAAACUCAAAAGUCCUAUUUUCCAUGUCCCUAAUAAUUCUGUUUGGAAUUUUACCGGAGACUGCGAAUCUAUAUUUCGUAUCAGGAAAUUUUGAUCUGGUGAUGGAAAAUCUAACGAUGGCUAAUUUACCGAGUGCAAACGCGAUCAUAAAGUUUAUCUACGCUUGGUAUAACAAGGAAUCUUUGAAGCCCGUCAUCAAAUGUUUCUACGAUGAUUGGUACAGGGUAAAGACGGAAGAGGAAAAAGCACUGAUGCUGAAGAUGGCUAAACCUGCCAAAUUUAUUUCUGUAUGGUGUUCGAUGUUGGGCUUCAUGAUGCUCGUUGCAUACCACAUCCUUCGAAUAUAUACGAUCUCCCGAACAGACAGAGCAAGCGUGAGCCGGGAUCGCUUGAUCAUAUAUCCUGCAUAUUUUCCUUUUGACGUUCGACCAACAUGGAGAUUGUUAAUAGUCAAUUUUGCUCAACUGAUGGCGGGAUAUUCAGCCACUAUUGCUUAUACUACGGUCGACACUUUCAUUGCAAUGUUGAUCAUGCAUAUUUGCGGACAAUUUGCGAUUUUAAAGAAGAAAUUAUUAAGGUUAAUGGACAAUGGCAGACAGAGUGAAAGCACGAAUGAGUUUCAAAAAGAGCUGGCUGGGAUUAUCAACAAACACGAGCAACUGAACGGGUUAAUAACUUAUCUAGCCAAAGAUAUAAUAGUAAUACUUCAGAACGAAAAUGGAAUUUUCCACUUUCAAAUGGUUCACUUCAUUAUCUUUAUCAGCUUCGUCCUUGUGCACAUAUAUCUCUAUUGCUACAUAGGCGAGAUGCUCCUCGUUCAAAAUCGAGAAUUGAGCGACUGCGCGUAUGAAUCGAACUGGUACAAUGUCUCACCCCCUGAAGCCAGGUGUCUCCUAUUCAUUAUGAAAAGAUCCAUUCGUCCACUAUAUUUGACAGCAGGCAAAUUUAGCACUUUUUCCAUGGAAAUGUUCAGUACCAUUCUAAAAACAGCGAUGGGGUAUCUUUCAGUGUUAUUAACCGUUACAUAAUCUCUCUAUUCA